GCGCUCGGCCACGGGCGGAGCCGAGGGGCGCGGCGCGGGCGAGGCGAGGGCGGGCCGCGCCGUGCGGGAAGGGCGGUGGCGCCGAGGGGAGGAGACCGGCCCAUGGACCCGCGGGGCCCGGCGCCCCUGACGCUGCGCCGCCCGGACCGAGCCCAAGAUGUCGGCCUAGGCCGGGCCGCGACGACGCGGACGGGGCGGCGACGAGGCGCUGCCGGGGCUCGCGGCCGCCGGGCCCCCGAGGGCACGCCCUGACGGACCGGCCGAGCGGGCGGCAAGAGGCCGGCGCCUUGGGAGCGGGCCGCGCGGCACCAUGUCGGCCAAGGUGAGGCUCAAGAAGCUGGAGCAGCUGCUCCUGGACGGGCCCUGGCGCAACGAGAGCGCCCUGAGCGUGGAGACGCUACUCGACGUGCUCAUCUGCCUGCACACCGAGUGCAGCCACUCGGCCCUGCGCCGCGACAAGUAUGUGGCCGAGUUCCUCGAGUGGGCUAAACCAUUUACACAGCUGGUGAGAGAAAUGCAGCUUCGUCGGGAAGACUUCGAAAUAAUUAAAGUGAUCGGAAGAGGGGCUUUUGGUGAGGUUGCUGUUGUUAAAAUGAAGAACACUGAACGGAUUUAUGCAAUGAAAAUCCUCAACAAGUGGGAGAUGCUUAAGAGAGCAGAGACCGCUUGCUUCCGGGAGGAGCGUGAUGUGCUGGUGAACGGCGACUGUCAGUGGAUCACCACACUGCACUACGCCUUUCAGGAUGAAAACUACCUGUACUUGGUCAUGGAUUACUACGUGGGUGGUGAUUUACUCACCCUGCUCAGUAAAUUUGAAGACAAGCUCCCAGAAGAUAUGGCAAGAUUCUACAUUGGUGAGAUGGUGCUGGCCAUUGACUCCAUCCAUCAGCUUCAUUAUGUGCACAGAGACAUUAAACCUGACAAUGUCCUUUUGGACGUGAAUGGUCAUAUCCGCCUGGCUGACUUUGGAUCAUGUUUGAAGAUGAAUGAUGAUGGAACUGUUCAGUCCUCAGUGGCAGUGGGCACACCUGACUACAUCUCGCCAGAGAUUCUGCAGGCGAUGGAGGACGGCAUGGGCAAGUACGGCCCCGAGUGCGACUGGUGGUCCCUGGGCGUCUGCAUGUAUGAAAUGCUGUAUGGAGAAACGCCAUUUUAUGCAGAAUCCCUCGUGGAGACCUAUGGAAAGAUUAUGAACCAUGAAGAGCGGUUUCAGUUCCCAUCCCACAUUGCGGAUGUGUCUGAAGAAGCCAAAGAUCUCAUUCAGAGACUCAUUUGCAGCAGAGAGCGCCGGCUGGGGCAGAACGGGAUAGAGGACUUCAAGAAGCACGCGUUUUUCCAAGGCCUAAACUGGGAAAAUAUACGCAACCUAGAGGCACCUUACAUCCCCGAUGUGAGCAGUCCCUCGGACACAUCUAACUUCGAUGUGGAUGACGAUGUGCUGAGAAAUAUUGAAAUACUACCUCCUGGCUCUCAUCCAGGCUUCUCAGGACUGCACCUCCCUUUCAUCGGCUUUACAUUCACAACGGAAAGCUGUUUUUCUGACCGAGGCUCUCUGAAGAGCAUAAUGCAGUCCAACACAUUAACCAAAGAUGAGGGUGUGCAGCGGGAUUUAGAGAACAGCUUGCAAGUUGAAGCUUAUGAAAGGAGGAUCCGGAGGCUGGAACAGGAGAAACUGGAGCUGAGCAGGAAACUGCAAGAGUCCACCCAGACCAUACAGUCCCUGCACGGCUCAGCUCGGGCCCUGGGCGGCUCCGCCCGGGAUAAAGAAAUUAAGAAGCUCAACGAAGAAAUUGAACGUUUGAAGAAUAAAAUAGCAGAUUCAAAUAGGCUUGAGGACAGCAUGACUCUUCGCCAUGAACACGAGGACUCUGCACAUCGGCUGAAAGGCCUGGAAAAGCAGUACCGCGUGGUGCGGCAGGAGAAGGAGGAUUUUCACAAGCAAUUGGUUGAAGCUUCAGAGCGAUUGAAAUCCCAGGCCAGAGAGCUUAAAGAUGCCCGCCAACAGCGAAAGCUGGCCCUGCAGGAGUUCUCAGAGCUCAAUGAGCGCAUGGCGGAACUCCGCUCCCAGAAGCAGAAAGUGUCCCGGCAGCUCCGGGACAAAGAGGAGGAGGUGGAGGUGGCCAUGCAGAAAAUCGACUCGAUGCGGCAGGAGAUCCGCAGAUCUGAGAAGUGGAGGAAAGAGCUGGAAGCUCAGCUCGAGGACGCGGUCGCCGAGGCCUCCAAGGAGCGCAGGCUUCGUGAGCACAGCGAGAACAUCUCCAAGCAAGUAGCAAGUGAGCUUGAGGCCCUCAAGACAAAGCAAGGAAGCCGGGGACCAGGUGCCACCUUAGAGCAUCAGCAGGAGAUUUCCAAAAUAAAGUCUGAGCUUGAGAAGAAAGUCUUGUUUUAUGAAGAAGAAUUGGUCAGACGUGAGGCCUCCCAUGUGCUAGAAGUAAAAAAUGUGAAAAAGGAGGCACACGAUUCCGAAAGCCAGCAGCUAGCCCUCCAGAAGGAAAUCUUGAUGCUAAAAGAUAAACUGGAAAAGUCAAAACGAGAGCGGCACAACGAGGUGGAGGAGGCAGUUGGCACAGUAAAAGACAAAUACGAGCGGGAGAGAACACUGCUGUUUGAGGAAAACAAGAAGCUCGCCGCUGAGAAUGAAAGGCUCUGCUCCUUCGUGGACAGACUCUCGGCACAGAACAGGCAGCUGGAGGCUGAGCUGCAGGACCUGGCGGCCAAGAAGGAGUCAGUCGCGCACUGGGAGGCUCAGAUCGCUGAAAUCAUUCAGUGGGUCAGUGACGAGAAGGACGCCCGGGGCUACCUGCAGGCUCUUGCUUCUAAGAUGACCGAGGAGCUCGAGACUUUAAGGAGCUCUAGUCUGGGGUCAAGAACGCUGGACCCCCUUUGGAAGGUCCGCCGUAGUCAGAAGCUGGAUAUGUCUGCACGGCUGGAAUUGCAGUCUGCUCUCGAAGCGGAGAUCCGGGCCAAACAGCUUGUUCAGGAGGAGCUGAGGAAAGUCAAAGACGCAAACCUCUCCUUUGAAAGUAAACUAAAGGAUUCCGAAGCCAAAAAUAGAGAAUUAUUAGAAGAAAUGGAAAUUUUGAAGAAAAAGAUGGAAGAAAAAUUUAGAGCAGAUACCGGACUCAAACUUCCAGACUUUCAGGAUUCUAUUUUUGAUUAUUUCAAUGCUGCACCUCUUGCACAUGAUCUGACAUUUAGAACCAGCUCAGCUAGUGAGCAAGAAAUGCAGGCUCCAAAGCCAGAGGCGUCCCCAUCGGUUCCUGUGGCCACAAGCACAGAGCAGCAGGAAGAUGUGGCUCGCGCCCCGCCGAGGCUGCCGGCCAUGCCACCGCCCGCCGCACAGCCCCUCGUUCUGGCUGGACCAAAGCCCAAGGCCCACCAGUUCAGCAUCAAGUCCUUCUCCAGCCCCACCCAGUGCAGCCACUGCACCUCCCUGAUGGUGGGGCUGAUCCGGCAGGGCUACGCCUGCGAGGUGUGCGCGUUCGCCUGCCAUGUGUCCUGCAAAGACAGCGCUCCCCAGGUGUGCCCCAUCCCUCCCGAGCAGUCCAAGCGACCCCUUGGCGUGGAUGUUCAGAGAGGCAUAGGAACAGCCUACAAGGGCUAUGUGAAGGUCCCAAAGCCUACUGGGGUGAAGAAGGGAUGGCAGCGGGCGUACGCAGUGGUCUGUGACUGUAAGCUCUUUCUGUAUGAUCUGCCUGAGGGGAAGUCCACCCAGCCUGGCGUUGCUGCAAGCCAAGUCUUGGAUCUCAGAGACGACGAGUUCUCCGUGAGCUCAGUUCUGGCUUCUGAUGUCAUCCACGCCUCCCGCCGGGACAUCCCAUGUAUAUUCAGGGUGACAGCCUCUCUCUUAGGCACACCGUCCAAGACCAGCUCCCUGCUCAUUCUGACAGAGAAUGAGAAUGAAAAGAGAAAGUGGGUUGGGAUUCUAGAAGGCCUCCAGUCCAUCCUGCGUAAGAACCGCCUGAGGAACCAGGUCGUGCACGUCCCGCAGGAGGCCUACGACAGCUCGCUGCCUCUCAUCAAGGCCGUGCUCACGGCUGCCAUCUUGGACGGGGAGAGGAUUGCGGUCGGCUUAGAAGAAGGGCUGUAUGUCAUAGAGGUGACCCGUGACGUGAUUGUGCGCGUUGCCGACUACAAGAAGGUACACCAGAUUGAGCUCGCUCCCAAAGAGAAGAUCGUGGCCCUCCUCUGUGGCCGGAAUCGCCAUGUCCAUCUGUGUCCAUGGUCUUCCUUUGAUGGGGCAGAGAGUAGCCUUGAUGUCAAGCUUCCGGAAACGAAAGGCUGCCAGCUCCUGGCAGCUGGGGCUCUGAGGAAGACCUCUCCCACCUGCCUCUUUGCCGCCGUGAAACGGCUGGUCCUUUGCUAUGAGAUCCAGAGAACUAAGCCUUUCCACAGGAAGUUCAAUGAGAUUGUGGCCCCUGGCACUGUACAGUGGAUGGCCGUGUUCAAGGACAAACUCUGUGUCGGCUACCCUUCUGGGUUCUCUCUGUUGAGCACCCAGGGAGAUGGGCAGGCUCUAAACCUGGUAAAUCCCAAUGACCCCUCGCUUACGUUCCUCUCACAACAGUCUUUUGAUGCCCUUUGUGCUGUGGAGCUCAAAAGUGAGGAGUACCUGCUUUGCUUCAGCCACAUGGGACUGUACGUGGACCCACAAGGUCGGAGGUCACGCAUGCAGGAGCUCAUGUGGCCUGCGGCGCCUGUUGCCUGUAGUUGCAGCCCCUUGCACAUCACGGUGUACAGCGAGUACGGCGUGGACGUCUUUGACGUGCACUCCACCGAGUGGGUCCAGACCAUCGGCCUGCGGAGGAUAAGACCGCUGAACGUGGAGGGCACCCUCAACCUGCUUGGCUGCGAGCCACCCCGCUUGAUCUACUUCAAGAACAAGUCCUCAGGAGCAGCCCUCAGCGUGCCAGACACCUCUGACAACAGCAAGAAGCAGAUGCUGCGGACCAGGAGCAAGAGGCGGUUUGUCUUCAAGGUGCCAGAGGAGGAGAGGCUGCAGCAGCGGCGAGAGAUGCUGAGAGACCCAGAAUUGAGAUCUAAAAUGAUCUCCAACCCGACCAACUUCAACCAUGUGGCCCACAUGGGCCCCGGUGAUGGGAUGCAGGUGCUCAUGGACCUGCCUCUGAGUGCAGUGCCCCCUGCCCAGGAGGACCGGACCGGCCCUGCUCCCGCCGGCCUGGCCCGGCAGCCCCCGCCCAGAAACAAGCCCGGCGCCCCGUGGCCCUCGUCAGGCGGGCCGGAGCCGGGCGUGGCCGUGCCUCUGAGAGGCAUGUCCGAUCCUGACCAGGACUUGGACAAGGAGCCUGAUUCGGAUUCUACCAAACAUUCGACUCCAUCGAACAGCUCCAACCCCAGCAGUCCACCAAGCCCCAAUUCCCCCCACCGGAGCCAGCUCCCCAUCGAAGGCCUGGAGCAGCCGGCCUAUGAUGCCUGAAGCCACCAGGCCACUGCCUCACAGCCGUGGGGCCGGGGAUGGCCUCCCACGUCAGUGCCAAGACCGCGCUGAUCCUCCAGCAUUGCCCAGGGAAAUGCAGUCGACUUGUAGAUAGGGAGAUGAAGAAGAAUCUUUAUUAUGGUGACUAGAUUUAUGCCACAUUGUCUGUGGUGUUGACUGGAUCCCUUUGUCCACACAGCUGUGAGGUGACACUGUCCCUUUAUGCGUGAAGGAACCACACAGCUUCCCAGAACAGGCUAAGAAGGCGUGUAGGGCCCUGCCGACCUCCUGUGCAGAAGCCCAGUAGACCCAGCACGGCUCUGCUCAGGAAGCAGGUGGCUGGGGACGUGGCCUCAGAAAUGAGCCUGUUGCCUGUUCCUGGAGCUAUGUCCUCAGACCUCCGAGGAGCGGGCAUUUGUGGAUCAUUCCCAGUGUCACUGGAAUCCUGAAGACAGGGAAGUGGAGGUUAGGGCGCGGCCUUCUUACUCAUUUAGCCAUUACACAGCAGCUGCAGAAGUCCUGCCGACCUUGCAGUGGACAGAGGCCCGUUCCAGGUGACGCCUGCCUGGGCCCCUUGCGUGUGUGACUCCAUUCCUGGUCACAACCAUGAAGUGUCCCCAGUACCUACUGUGAAGUCAGCUGUGCUGUUCCCCACUCACUUCCACAGCUUCUGCCUCCCACUGUAAAACUGGUGAGUGGUCAUGCAGCCAGGCCUCCCCCAACCCCCGCAUGGAGUCCCAUGAUCAGUACCCAAAUGGAUCGCGUAGACUCGGCCGACGCAGGCCUGCACGUUGGCCCUGCCCGAGGCGUGGGGAUGCUCUGUGCGUGCAUUCACUCCCCAUCCUUGUUCAGACGUUGAGUGAUCAGGUUUGUGGUCUGAUUAAAGGCUUGUGAUUAACUGGCCAGCAGACAUAGCUUGUCCUUGGUGACGCCAUUUAGGAUGUGCACUUAGCUGAGUCGGCACUGAGUGAUGUGGGCACCACGGCCUGUCUGUGCGUGUCGCCCCACCCCCACCCCAGCACCCACCACCCCUGGGCGUUCUGCUGGGACUGGCACCUGCUGGGGAGAGGGGUCUGGUUUUUACUUUUUUAAUGUAAGUCUGAGUCUUUGUAAUUAUUGAAACGUGAGAACAUUUUUGAACAAUUUACCUGUCAAUAAAGCAGAAGAUAGCAGUUUUAAAGUU